AGCAUUAGUUGACUCUUUGGAAAGGGCUUUAUUUUUCUGUCAGUCUUAUCUGCCUAAGAGCUAAUAUGGCUGCUGAGAUGAGCAAAGAGAGGGUAUUUAUGAUUGUCAAUGAGGGGUUCAGAAAAAAUGCUGACACCGUUAUUAGAGAAAUAAUGGCAAUAAGGGAACAAGCAUCACCAGAAAUUAUGAGUAUGACAUCAGGAUUAAUGGAUGAGCUCCUUCAUGGCUUAAUCUUUCUGGGGAAGAUUCGUGAUCAACCAUGUUCCCCUGAAGCCAUCUUAGGAAAAGGGAAGACUUAUCUGAACUUAAAAACAAACUAUCCUGAAGCUUUCGAGACGUAUUCCACUCACCUUCCUCGAAGGAGCCCUUUUUCUGUUGUGCUUGAAAUGGUGGUUAAACUAAAAGGACAAAACAAUGACAAGGAAAUUCGAGAGACCCUGCAAGAUAUCAUCCUUAAGAUUGAUCUAAAAAACUGCAGAAAGUUAGAUAGGAUUUUCUCUUCCACCCUCUGUGUCUCUCAUGCAAAAGAAGAUUCAAAAAAGUAUUAUGGAGUCUCCAUGUCCACCACUGGUCCUAAUGCUGGUAGAAUUGUGAUCGCGGCCUCCUGUUUGAGCUCCUACUGGGAUGAGUAUGUAGCUGGUGCAGUGAUGACCUACUAUCCUCAGAAAAAGAAGAAGAGUUACUUCGAUGGCACCUUCGAGCUACAUGGAGACGCCACAUGCACAGCAUACAGCAUCAAGAAUGGUUCUGAAAUGGAUCCUUGCAAAUCAUGUGGGAAUCUCUUUGGGUUGAAAACAACUUGUGAAAAAGAGUGGCCCUAUGGGAAUUGUGCUGAGGCUGAAAGUCUGAGCAACUUAUUUAGAAACGAUGCAGAAGUUAAACGUAAAUCUAGGCCAACUUCUGAUACAUGCACACCAGAGAACAGAGAGAGAGCCAAAGAUGAUACUCGAAGGGAGCUUACAAAUACCCUGCAAAGGGUUAAUUUCAGAUGGAAUGGUAAAUAUUACAGUGAUAAAAGGCGGCACUAUAGGUAA